AUGAAUACAAUCAUAAAUGUAAAUCAGAGUUUGUUCUUGACAAUUGAUAAAUUCAAUGAAACCUUCUACAAUGUUUGUUAUGCUUCACCACCCACUAUCGUUUCAGAUGGCUUAUGGGUUCAAAUUGAUUACAGGAAGCCAAUGAAGGCUUCACUCCCAUUGUUAGAGUUGCAGAUGCUUAUAAUUUUUUGCAUCACCCAAUUCUUCCAUUUCUUCCUGAAGCACUUGGAUUUCCCUCUAUUUGUUCCCCAAGUCAUAGCUGGCCUACUUCUAGGCCCUUCUAUUCAGCUAGAGGCACUGGACAGAUUCAAGAAGUCUGUGUUUCCUUACGGAACCCAAGAUACACUUGCAACUAUAACAUCAAUUGGUUAUACACUUUUCAUCUUCAUAACUGGUGUGCAAAUGGAUUUGAGCAUGGUAACCAGGACAGGACACAAGGCAUGGACCAUUGCCAUCAUUUCUUUGGUUGUACCACUCAUUAUUUCUGUUCCAGUUAUAGGUUUCUAUUUACAGAGCAAUUUGGGAGAGUUAAUUAAGGACCUUGGUCCUCUAGUGCUAUCACAAACUAUGAUUUCAUUUGCAGUCGUUGCUUCCCUCCUCAAUGAACUUAAAAUCAUAAACUCGGAACUUGGCAGACUGGCACUAUCCUCGGUGUUGGUGAGUGACAUAGUUGGCACAACUGUUUCAUGUGUUGCCAACGUCUUAGGCGGCACUGGAGGUACAAUGAAACAAUUUUCUUUGUCGCUGGUGGCAUUGAUUGCCAUGAUUAUCUUUGUUCUAUUUGUUUGCCGGCCGGCGAUGUAUUGGAUCGUCAAACACACUCGAGAAGGAAGACUUGUGGAUGAUGGUUACGUCAACAUCAUCAUUAUAAUGGUCUUUGCUUUAGGCUGGGUUUCAGCUAAAUUGGAUCAAGACUUCAUGUUAGGAGCAUUUGUUUUGGGGUUGGCUGUGCCAGAAGGACCACCAUUAGGAUCUGCAUUGGUUAAGAAGCUUGAAUUAUUUGGCCAGUUUUGGUUUUUGCCUACAUAUGUGACUUGCCUUGUGAUGAAAGUAGAUUUGUCCGUGAAUUUUUCACAAACAUCAUUCGGGGUCAUUGCUUCCUUCAUUACCGUUACCCACAUAGUGAAAGUUAUAGCAUGUGUUGUACCUGCCCUCAUGUGCAAGAUCCCCUUGAAAGAUGCCUUGGCGUUUGCCCUCAUUUUGAACGCCAAAGGGGUAGUGGAUAUCAGCUUCUUCAGUACCCUAUAUGACGAUUCGGCCAUUUCUGCCCAAACUUAUGCAGCGUUGAUAGUCAGCGUAGUGAUCAUAGCUUGCAUAGUGAAGGGGGGAUUGAAAUUCUUGUAUGAUCCAUCAAGAAAAUAUGCAGGCUACCAGAAACGGAACAUCAUGAGUUUAAAAUCAAACUCAGGGUUAAGAAUACUUGCUUGUAUUCACAAACAACACAACAUAAGUGCUCUAACAGAUGUUCUUGACAUAUGUUCUCCAACAACACAACACCCGAUCAUAGUGGAUGUACUGCAUCUAAUUGAGCUUGUUGGAAGGACUUGCCCCAUCUUAAUCUCACACCGCCUUCAGAAAUCGCUCUCAAUGGGCUCCCACAAGUCUUACUCAGAUGAUGUGAUCCUUGCUUUUGACCACUUUGAACAUGAAAACUAUGGUGCAGCAACUGCACACAUCUACACAGCAAUUUCUUCACCCACACUGAUGCAUGACGAUGUUUGCCAGCUUGCACUAGACAAAGUUGCAUCCUUAAUUAUCGUUCCUUUCCAUCAAAGAUGGUCCGCUGAUGGUGUAAUUGAAUCUGAUGACAAGAACAUAAGGUCUUUGAAUUUCACACUCCUAGAAGUGGCUCCUUGCUCAAUAGGAAUCCUCGUGUACCGUUCUCCAUUGCUGAACAACUCAUCAGUCCGCUUAGCCAUGAUCUACAUGGGUGGAAAAGAUGACAGAGAAGCUCUGUGUUUAGCUAAAAGAACAUUGAGAAACCCAAGGAUCAACUUGGUUGUAUACCACCUUGCUACCGGGGAACGUAUGCAAAACUUGGAGUAUCUUCUAGAUAAUAAGGCACUGGAAGGAGUUCAGAAAUCACACAAUGGGAUGGAAAAUAUGAGUUAUCAUGAAGUGAAAGUGAAUGAUGGACCAGGUACUUCUGCUUUUUUAAGAGACAUAGUAAAUGAGCAUGAUUUCUUUAUAGUUGGGAGAAGACAUGAAAAUAAUCCACAGACAUCAGGGCUCACAACUUGGAGUGAGUUUCAAGAGUUAGGUGUCAUUGGUGAUUUGCUUGCUUCAUCAGAUUUUGAGAGCAGAGCAGGUGUUUUGGUGGUGCAACAACAAGGCAAAGACACAUAG